AUGGCUAAGAGAGGACGCGGUGGUGCCUCGGGCAACAAGCUCAAGAUGACUCUCGGUCUCCCAGUCGGCGCUGUCAUGAAUUGCUGCGACAACUCCGGCGCACGAAAUCUCUACAUCAUCUCCGUCAAAGGCAUCGGUGCCCGUCUCAAUCGUCUUCCCGCUGCUGGUGUUGGUGACAUGGUGAUGGCUACAGUCAAGAAAGGAAAGCCUGAGCUGCGAAAGAAGGUCAUGCCGGCUGUGGUGGUACGGCAGAGCAAGCCGUGGAGGAGGGCGGAUGGCGUCUAUCUGUACUUCGAGGAUAAUGCUGGUGUGAUUGUCAAUCCAAAAGGUGAAAUGAAGGGGUCGGCUAUCACAGGUCCCGUAGGAAAGGAGGCGGCAGAGCUGUGGCCGCGUAUUGCAAGCAAUUCGGGUGUCGUGAUCUUCCCGACUCCACCCGCCCAACAGGACGCCCAGACCUCCAAUAGCUACAUCGCAGGCCAAGUCCCACCUUUCCGUCUCCUUGUACUCGGAGACCCCCAGUUAGAGGGUGACUCGUCCCUCCACGAAACCACCAAUGGCUCCUUUCCCAGUCUCGAGAAUGUCUGGUCAGACAUAAAGACCGGCAGAACCCGAGAGGAGCGGUCGGACAUAUUCCUGGCACACUGGCGAGAUCUUAUCUACACGGACAUACCGCGCCUUUUCCAGUCCUACCGCAAGCGAUUAGACCUCUUCGGCAAUGACUACUACCUCGCCCACAUCUACCGCUCGCUGCACUGGUCUACGCACCCGACACACGUCGCUGUGCUGGGAGACUUGAUUGGGAGUCAAUGGGUCACUGAUGAGGAAUUCGAGCGACGGGGGACGCGAUAUUGGAAGAGGGUGUUCAAUGGUGGCACCAGGGUUGAGGACGAGCUCACCGACAAAGUUCGUACUGAGAUCAUCGGUCUGGAUGAGAAAUGGGUGAAUAGGGUCAUCAAUGUGGCUGGAAACCAUGACAUCGGAUACGCUGGUGAUAUCACUUCGGACAGGCUUCAAAGAUUUGAGAGGGUCUUUGGCAAGGCGAACUGGGAGACAAGAUUGAGGCUGCCUUUUCCUGAGGAGGAAGGUCAGGAAGUACCUGAGUUGAGGCUCAUUGUGCUCAAUUCGCUGAACCUCGACCCGCCAGCGCUCGACUCAAGUAUUCAAGCCGACACCUAUAAGUUCAUGAACGACGUCAUCUCGUCUUCGCGGCCUGUCGAGGACAAGACCAGCGGGACCAUCCUACUCACCCAUCUACCGCUCUACAAAGAAGCUGGCGUGUGCGUGGACGGGCCUUACUUCACCUAUCACCAGGAACAGUACGGUGCUGGGGUCAAGGAGCAAAAUCAUCUCAGCUACGAUGCAAGUAUGAACAUACUGGAGGGAAUCUACGGCAUGAGUGGGAACCUAGAAGCUCCUGGCAAUGGCUUUGGCAGAAAGGGCAUAAUAUUGACCGGCCACGAUCACGAAGGCUGCGGCGUCUACCAUUACCUACCUGAGCAUGAGGAUUUCGCGUCGAGAGCUUGGGCUGCGGAAGAUUGGAACACGACAAGCUUUUCUCGACACGGUGCCGUUCCAGGUAUCCCUGAAAUUACGGUCCGAAGCAUGAUGGGCGACUUUGGUGGAAAUGCUGGCUUGCUGAGCGCCUGGUUCGACCCCAACGUCAAAGAAUGGAAGUUUCAGUACUCGACAUGCGCUUUGGGAUCACAGCAUAUUUGGUGGGCAGUGCAUGUCUUGGAUAUGAUUACUGUUGUGUAUUUGGGUAUCGUGGGCUGGAGACUAUAUGUACAAAACGGCAUCGUUGGAUGGAGCCUAUACACAGCUCGAGAGAAUGGGGAUGCUAAGGAGAAGACGCUAUUGAACGUCACCAUCAUCCCUGUGGGCCUGUGUAUAAAGUUGAUCUGGCGGCGCCACAACCUCCAGUAA